ACAAUACAUUAAACGUAGUUUUUUUCUGGAUUAUGAUCCACCAUUAGUAAGAUUAAUUUUUGCCUUCAUUGGUUUCUUAUGUGGAUUCAAUAACGAUUUUGAUUUUGAUGAAAGCAGAGAUUACAAUGAACUUGAGUUUCCAUAUGUGGCCUUGCGCUUUAUGUCAGGAAUAAUGGGAAUUUGCAUAAUACCAAUUGCUUAUUUAACAAUCAAGUCAGCUGGUUGUAUGAGUACUGAAGCAUUUUUGGAUUCUACUUUUUUGUUGAUAUUUG